GGUGGCGCAGGAAAGACGUAUCAUUUAUUAAUUUAUAAGUAAUAAAAAUAUACUUUAGUUAAAAUAUGUAGGAAAAGAUUGUUUCUUGUGCAUUAAUUGUGUGUGUGCCAAGACUGGCAAGUGUUUCGGUUACCUACCUACCUGUCCAGUUUUCAGUGGAUACCCAGGAGGGCUUAAUUAACUACGAAAUUUCCUUGUUAGAAAAGUUGCAGACAGAGAGUGUGUCGGAGGCGCGAUGCGGCGGCAGUAGCCGUGGACUAGCGACCAGCAGGCAGCAUGGCGCCCCACGAGCAGUGCGCGGGGCGGGGACUGCGGGAGGGGCAGGGCAGCCGCGUGCAGGGGCCGCCCGCGCCGCCGCCCGCGCGCGCCUGGACCGAGACCGAGCGCCUGCGGCCCGGCGACGAGCAGCGCCCGCUGCUGCCCGCCCCCGCCCUCGCCGCCCCCGGCAAGUUGCAGGCCGGACUCACGCUCGGCGUCGCCGGCAUCGCCAGGAAGAACCGCAAGUGCCCGCAGAUACACCUGGGCAAGACCAAGCCCAAAGUCAAGACGAAAUUCCAGAAGAGGAAGGACAGGCUCAUUGAGAUACUCAGGCCGCCGUACUUCAUAUUGUCUAUGAUAGUUUUAAUUGUAUGCAUCCACCUGGCGGGCGCGGGCGGGCUGGGGGCGGCGCUGGAGUGGUCGCCGCGCGCGUGGCGGCGCCAGCCCUGGCGGCUGCUCACCUACGGGCUGCUGCACGCCUCGCCCGCGCACCUCGCGCUCAACGCACUCGUGGCUCUUGUGGUGGGAUGGCGGCUGGAGCGCGAGCAGCGGUGGUGGCGGCUGGGCGCGCUGUGGGCGGGCGGCGUGGCGGGCGGCGCGCUGGGGGCGGGCGCGCUGCAGCCCACCGUCCACAUGGUGGGCGCCUCGGCCGGCGUGUACGCGCUGCUCACUGCGCAUCUGCCUAAUGUGUGCCUUAGGUUCGGUCACAUCCCGCUGUGGUGGUUCCGGCCGCUGAGCGUGGUGGUGCUGUCGGCGUCGGAGGGGCUCUGCUCGCUGUGGGCGCGGGACCUGGAGGGGGUGUCCUGGAGCGGGGGGGCGGGGGACCAAGACCGCGUGGCGUGGUCCGCGCACGCGCUGGGCGCGCUCGUCGGCGUGCCGCUCGGCUUCCUCGUCUUUACUGGAGAGAACAGCGGCAAGCCGGCGCUGGUGGCGUGCCGCGUGGUCUCGGCCGCGCUGCUGCUGGGCGGGGCCGCCGCCGCCGCCUACUACUCGCUCUACCAGCCAGACUACCGGAAGUGACACCUAAUGGCUUGAACUCCUCGUACAUUUUACACUUUCGCAGGAGGUGUUUUACAUUAGUUAAGGAGAAUAUUGUUACCAAUGUGCUGUUCCUAGUCAGUAAAAAGGAUUAAAGGAUUAAUUAAGGCCUUACGACCGACGCUCAAUAUCUUUACAUGAUAUUUUCAUAAGUAUUAUAAUUAUGUUCAUCAUUCAGGGUGUUUUUGAUAACUGCAAUAUUGAAAGUGCAAUUACGUAAUGGCAUCCGUCCAGUGUGCCCUUGGGAAUAAUGUGUGAAUACUGUACUUAUUCAGUAGCUGUAGCUUUUGAUACCAUUUCGAUGUAAGCGAUAACCAAAAGUUCAAUACGGUCUUCCAGGCAAAUUAGUUAAGAAUUUAUAAUAUUGAUCGUAUUCAAGAUUACCGCGAUGUCCGAAAGAAGCCUGAUUUAUUAAGAAAUGAUGUAGGUACAACUACAGAGACGCACAAUUUUUGUAGAAUUUUACUAGUACUUAGUUAUAAAAUCUACAACUUGAUAAUAAGCUAAUGAAACAUUUUUAGCGAUAAGUUUCACGAAUGGCGCGACCGCCACGCCACGCCAGACUGGAAUAGCUUGUGAUUUCUAUGAAAUCGACACUUUGUUUUGCAUCAAAACACAAAGCUUUGGAAAUAAAGAAGUAUUAUGAAUAAGAUAGGUCCCUAGUUCACUAUAGAUGUUAUUAUGUAUGCGAUGGAUGAACCAAGAUCUAGUCUUGACGUCACAAUGAUGUUAUGUGUGCUGUGCUACUACUGUGCCAUGUAUAAUUUAAUUAAGUGAUUAAUUUAUAGUUCUUCUUUAUGUGAUUUGUGAUUGUUUGUGAUUUUUAUAUGAUAGUAACAUUUCUAAAACAUAUCAUAUGGAGAUAAGAUUACAUUUAUAAUGAUUGUUAUUGUCAUGUGAAAGCAGUAGUUAAGUUUUGAUAAUCAAUUGAAGAUAUGCAUUCAUAAAAAUAAGAUAUUUGUUGAUUUGUUCAGCUUUAUGCCGUUUUAAGUAGGUACUUAUUAUACCUAGUUUUCAGCACCGUCAUAAGUUUCACGUAAGUUUUUAAAAUACUUAUUUUAUUAUUUCAAGUACCUAUAUGUGAGCUGAAACAAAACUGUUAAUAAACCACUUCUGUA